ACACGCAGCGCCCUCUAGAGUUGAGAAGGCGACAGCGUUUCGUGUUACUACUACUGUUUCUGAGUCAAGGAACAACAAAAACAUGUCCGAGUGCGGCAGGCGGAACACUUAACCUGCAACAACCACCUUCGUUAAACCUCGAUAGUCAACGAUUCGACCGACUGCUAUAUGAUUUGCGUCGUGUUAACGGCCGACAACCCGGAACGAUGCCGCAGAAAGCACUGGGAUCCAUUGUAGGUCUUCUUUGUACCGGGACCUGUCUAGUGCAGGGGAAGGAGUUCUGUUUCGGGGUAAACAAUGAGCAGUACCGCUGUGAGAUGGGGUACUGCUGUGGAGAGACAGAAUGCUGCACCUACUACUAUGAGCUCUGGUGGUUCUGGUUGGUAUGGACCCUUAUAAUCAUGCUGAGCUGCUGCUGUGCCUAUCGACAUCGGAGGGUUAAGAUGCGUCUUCAGCAGGAGCAACGUCAACGUGAGAUCAGCCUCAUGGCCUACCAAGGAGCCUCCAGUUCCUUCAUUUCCCCUCCACCACUCAAUCUAAGGUUCUGGAACGACUGCAAGCUUCCUGACUAUGAAGAGGUAGUAGGUCACCCCCCGACACCACCUCCUCCUUACUCUGAAAACCCCCUUGAGACUACUCCAGCUCUCCUCCCUCAAGUGAGCCAGCCAGUCGCCAUGGUGCCACAGCCCCUGCCCGAGGUCAACUUGAGGGUGGAAAGUCAGGCCUCAGGCUCAUCGGACCAGGAAGCAGUGGCGAUGUUGAUCCAAGCACAAUGUGUGGCCGAGGAGAACGUGGAGGCUUCACUGAUGGUGGCGGAGGAGGAGGAGGAGGAGGAGGAGGAUGAGGAGCUUGUCACUCGACGUCGCCACGUAACCGGCGACUCGGGGAUUGAGGUGUGCGUUUGCCAGCUGGAUGUGGACGAGGGCUCGGGGCUUGAGGGGGAAAGCGACGAGGAACACCGGAUGUGCAAGGUCACCGAUCAGGACUGCUGCUCCGGACACCAGCGGCAGACCUUCAGACAGAAGGAGCCCCCCUCUGAGCUGCCCAGCCAGACUGCCAGCACCAGCACGGGAGACCACAUGGUGUGAUCCACAGCUUAACUAAACCAGUCAACCAGCGUGGCUUUGUGCUUCACGCAGGGUGAUAUUAUCAUCAUUGUCAUCAUCAUCACCACCACAGAGACUGUUUGUUUUUAAUUCCAGAUGAUCGUGAUAACUAAUCCUUUAAUGGCUCCUGAUGAGGAAACAUGAAUAACAUUGUGUGGACCAACUUUUGUUUUUUUGUUUUGCUUUUCCUUUAGUGGGGAAACCAGCAAACACAUUUGGUAUGUUUUUGUUAGUAUUAAAUUAGAGAGCGUCAUGGUUAGUGAAACGACAACAAAUGAUUGUGACUGAAACCAGAAUUGACUGUUUCCCUUAGUCCUCUCUCCUUGGGCACUGCUGUCAUGUUUCCGUUUCUGUCUAUCCUUGGUCAUAACAUUUUUGGCCUUCCCUUUAUCUGACAUUUUACCUCCGGUGGGACGGUCAGCGAGGAGCAUACCAACGCGGUCAACAACAUUUUUUGAGGCAGAGGAGUCAAAAACAAACCUUGACGACUGGAGCACACAAUUUCCUUUUACUCAAAGCUGUGUGUGUGUGUGUGUGUGUGUGUGUGUGUGUGUGUGUGUGUGUGUGUGUGUGUGUGUGUGUGUGUGUGUGUGUGUGUGUGUGUGUGUGUGUGUGUGUGUGUGUGUGUGUGUGUGUGUGUGUGUGUGUGUGUGUGUGUGUGUGUGUGUGUGUGUGUGUGUGUGUGUGUGUGUGUGUGUGUGUGUGUGUGUGUGUGUGUGUGUGUGUGUGAGAAUCUAGGGCACAGCUGCAUGAUGAUGUCAGCUCUGAGGUCAUUGCAACAAGCGUCUGGUGUGAAGUCUGUGGGAUGUUUGUCAUCUAGAGUGGGGGAGACUGUUGACCCACAAACAGCAGAGGAAGGAUACAAGAAGGAGUUCUAUUUUGUCUUUUAAAUGUCAUACCCCGACCCUUUUUGAUAUCCAUUUUGUGGUCACCACUUAGCAUGACUGUAAGGAAGGAUUAGCGAUUUAAUAAUCGUGUGCACCUCAUUGCCCCACUUCGGCGUCUGACUGCAUUAAAAUCAUAGUAAAAGCCAAGAGGGCGAUGCCACAAAUUUAGUAAUCAAUACAAAGUUUUAGUUACUGUAGUAUGUCGGAGUGUGUAGUGACAGCAUUCUAAACAUAAGUAGUAUAUAGUUCUUAAUAAAGGAUGUAGUUGCUUUUUUUCUUAAUUUCAUAACCAGCUUUGCAUCAAUAAAGGCUGCAGCUGUCACCAUUAA